CUCUCCCUCCUCUCCCUCCCCGCGGGGCUGAGCAGCCGUAGCCCGCCGCCUCCGGCUCCAUGAGCGGCCGCCAGCCGCCGGCCGGCACUGCCACUGCCUCUGCCACCGCCACCGCCAGCGGGCCCAGCUCCCCCAGCCCCGCCGCCGCUUCCGCCGCCGCCACCCCCGCCCCGCCGCCCUGCCGGAGGACGGUCCCGCAGUGAAGAGGAUGGCCGUGACUUUCCAGCAGGCCCAGCGGGUGGGCUGUACCUUGCUGAAAGCACUCCUCAGGUUCGCUUUUAUGGUCGCCAAUAACCUGGUUGCUAUUCCGUCCUACGUCUUGUAUUUAAUUGUGCUGCAGCCGCUCCGAGUGCUGGAUAGUAAGCUCUUCUGGUAUAUCGAAGGAGUGUUGUUUAAAUGGCUUUUAGCUAUGGUGGCUUCCUGGGGCUGGUGGGCAGGAUACACAGUAGUGGAAUGGGGUGAUGAUGUUAAAGCAGUAUCGGAAGAUGAAGCCAUGGUGCUGGUGAACCAUCAAGCAACGGGGGAUGUCUGCACUCUGAUGAUGUGCCUUCAGGAUAAAGGCACGGUUGUCCGUCAGAUGAUGUGGCUGAUGGAUCAUAUUUUUAAGUAUACAAACUUUGGCAUUGUGUCUCUAAUCCAUGGAGACUUCUUUAUAAGACAGGGAAAAGCACACCGUGACCAGCAGCUUGUGUUACUCCAGGAGCAUCUAGAAAAAUAUUACAGGAGCCGUAAUCGGAAAUGGAUUGUUUUAUUUCCAGAGGGUGGCUUUCUGAGGAAAAGGAGGGAAACAAGCCAGGCAUUUGCCAAGAAAAACAAUUUGCCAUUUCUUAAACAUGUCACCCUGCCAAGACUUGGGGCAACGCAAGUAAUCCUGAAAACGCUUGUUGCUCCGCAAGAAAACGGAACUCCUGCAGGGAGAGACGCUGUGAUAAAAGAGAGCAAAUCAAAAGGCCUCCAGUGGGUGAUAGAUACAACCAUUGCGUAUCCCAAAGGUGAACCCAUAGACAUCCAAACCUGGAUUCUUGGCUACCGGCAACCAACAGUUACACAUGUACAUUACAGGAUUUUUCCAAUUAAAGAUGUACCUGCAGAGCCUGAAGCUCUUACACACUGGCUAUAUCAACGAUUCAUUGAAAAGGAGGAUCUCCUGACACAUUUCUAUGAAACAGGAGCUUUUCCUCCACUGCAGGGUCAAACGAAAGCUGUGUCUCGGGCGAUGACCCUCAGUAAUCUGUGGCUAGUUGGCAUACAAUCACUUGCAUUUUUGUCAGGCGGUAUGUGGUACUGCAUCCUACAGUAUUUUUAUCAUUGCCUAUUUUAAAAGUCGAAUGGGACCUGAGGACACAGAAUCCAGGCUCUUGCAAAUGAAUAUCAUAUUGUAUGUGCAAAUGUGAAUAUACAAGAGUAAAGGAAAAUACUGGAUGGACUCUUACCUCUCUCUGGGGAAAUUUUAAACUCCACUGAAAGUGAAGAUCAGUAACAUAGUGACCUGAUGAUGUAUUAUUUUAAGAAUUGUCUGUAUUUUUAAAAAGUGUAUACUCUCACCCACACUUAAGCAAAUUCAGCAUUUGGACAAAAGGUGCAAUCGUACAACCACCGUAGAAGAAUGUCUGCGACAAGAAAACUGUCACCGCAAGUAUUUCUUGGCAUUGUAGUUAGAGCUCAGAAAAUUCAGCAACUUGUCUCUUCCGUAGUCUGUACAGCAUUGGUGUGGUAGAGAUUUCCUCAUUUGCACAAACUUGUACUUUAUUGCAGCUCAUUGUGCUGGAGUCUGAGAUACUCUGCGGAGCUGGUGGCGGUAACUUUGAGGCUACCCAGUCAGCAGCUGUUGUAAUAGACACGUUGAUCUAAAACCAGGACCCAAGUAAGGUUCAGCGUCAGGUGUGCUUUGUGAGGAAUCAGCCCUCAAAAAAAGCAUUGCAGCAUCAUAGUGUGAUUAAAAGUUAUCCACGUGUGAUGAAUCAGCCCAUCCCUGCUGUGGUUUUACCAUCAGCUGUCUGAAUUCUGUGUGCUACCAGUAUCUCAUAUUAGGAGGAAACCUGGAGAAUAUUAAAGCCACUUGGUCUGUUUCCCCGUUGUGUUCAGAAUGCAUCCCGUUGACCAUUAUCACUUUUCAAAAUGCACUUUUAAAGGUGAAAAUACAGUGAAGGAAAGACAUACAUCUUAAGGAGUAGGGGAAAGCUUUAUCUGUCAUGCAUUGGAAGCCAGAGCAAUUCUAGGUGUUUCUGACGGUCUGCUGGUGCUGCUGGUGAUUUUUAGCCACCUUUGUAUUUUGUAUACUGCGGUCCCACCAAGGUGACCUUUGAGUGGUUUCUAGAGGCCUUUUUCUCCCCUGCUAGUUGCAACAGCGCUAAAUAUACUUGUGGGAGAGUUUAAAUAAUUCAAUGCCAACCAUCUUAAUGUUUUGCUAAGGAAUAACAGAAGGAAAACUAGUUUCUUAAAAAAAGAAAAAAAAUAGAUAUAAUAGUUGUCAUCAACUUAUAAGAAGAUAUUACUGCAAAAACAAAAGGUACGUGAAAUAUUCUGAGUAACUCCAAGGAGGGCAGUACUAAUUAGCUCACCAGUGUGCUAGAAAACCAUGGUGGAAGAACGAGUUGAAUUUAAAGGCAAACUGGACCAGAAGUUCCAGUCCCAUUUUCAGAUGUGUGAUACAGGGUACUUCUGAAAGGGUGUCUGUGAUGUACGGGCUUACUUCUGGCAGGUCUAGUUAGCAUUGUGUUUAUGUGAUUAUACACAGAUUUGAAAGAGCUGUUCCUAAAAUAAAAUUAAUCUCUCUAAAUACCAGCAGGAUAGCCAGAACUUCAUACUCUAAUUUUACUGAGAACAUAGUAAGCCCUCAGUAGUUUUGGCUCUGAAUUAGCAAUAUUGAUCCCCCUCCUUCUCUCCCUCUCUCCCUCUCUCUCUCUCUCUCUCUCUCUCUCUCUCUCUCUCUCUCUCUCUCUCUCUCCUGCUACGGGAAUCAGUAGGUGGUGUGCAGAAUUUAAAUAAAUACAUAUUUAAAAUUUAAAGUGUUUCCUCUGGGGGUCAGGAAGGGGGAGUGAAGAGUGUACUAAAAUGAGGCAAUGCCGAUUCUCCUGGUUUAAUUGAAAGACACCUUGUCAAAUAUGCAUCUCUAUCUCUCCCCAAAAUAGUUUUAUCCUAGUUGCAAAAAAAUAGGAUGGUUGCAAACUGCUAGAUGACAGUAAGUUUCCCUGAACUGAGAGUCCACUCAUGGACUUAAAGGUACCUCUGUAACUGAGAGACAAAGGACAGUGCUUGCCUACAGCUUAGUAUUUUAUUUAAGACGUCUCUAAAUCCCACCCAUUUACACCCAGUCACACACCUGAAUUCUAGUGUAACAUAAAAUCCACUUAAGAGUGAAGCCCUGAAGAGGGAGGCAGUCUUGGGAGUACACUUUUUUUCCUGUUGCUCCUGCUGAGGUACAGCUGGCAGAAUGAAUGUAUUUAAUCUGCCACUUUCCAGGCAGGUGCUGAGGCAGCCGGUGCCAUUACAGUGUAAGUGGUUAUGUCUGCAGCACGUGGGCAUAAGUAGACUCUCAAAACUGCAAAAUGCAGAUGGUGAGCUAAUCAUUUCUGUCCUCCACCAGGUGGUUUGAUCAGAACCGCAGAGAUGCCCAUGAUACAGCUGGUUUUAUUUUGAGCUAGGACAGACUAGAGUGAUAUAAAAAGGGAAGUUUAUAUAAGCAGAUUGCACAGCAGUAACUUGCAUCAGGAGGUUGUUCUUUGUAGACUCAGUAAACUCCAUGUAAGAUCAUACUGUUUUUUCAAAUGCAGUGUUUUUUUUGUUUGUUUGUUUUGUUUUUUGUUUGUUUGUUUGUUUUUCUUCCAGUGGAUUACAGUCAAUAGUGAGUGUUCACAUGCUGCCUGAAGAAAUUAGUAACGCGCAAUAAUGUUUCAGAUAAUCCUUUGAUUUAUCUGGUCCUGUGCAUUUUCAGUUAGUUCCUUUAUACUUCUUACUAUUGCAAGGCAUCUGUUCGCAAACACUGAUCGUUGUUUUGAUAGGGUGAGGACAUAGUGUUAGGUCCUAGGCUUCUUUUCCUUCCUGCACUGGAAAAUGUGAAGGGAGCCUAAUGUUGUCUCUCUCCGCGGCUGAGUCACUGUAGAUGACAGUGGAAUGAAACUGUUGUUAACAAAAUCCAAAGCACCCUCCCAGCACGAAUUUGGAUGCUACUUCGUGGCAGAGAAGUUGUUCUAGUAAGGGAAAAACAUAAAAUGUAUACAACACCCGAGAGAUUCUGUGCUAAAAAUACCAUGCUGGUGAAGGCUGGAGUGUAGCAGGCUGGUCUGUAGAACAUAAAUUCCUCUUGGUUGCAGUUCGGUUCUGCCUGCGGGCAGUUGGCCGGUGGUGGAGUUGUAGCGAGCAUUUUGCUGCAGCACCCGUGGGUUUCCGCUUCUGAAGAGCUCACGAUGCAUUUUAUAAAAGUGAUGUUAACAAACCGUACAGUUGAUCACAAAAUGGUUAAUUACUGUACCUUUGAAUUUGUAUUAGGAGAAAUAUUAUGGAAGAAUGUAUAAAGUGACAGGAUGAGAAAGGUAAAGAAAAAUAAUUGUUGCGCGCACAAGCGAGAAGAUAGUGAAGUUUAUUGUGAAUAAAGACGUUUCUCUGCUGGGGUUGCACACAACAUUUGUAAGUUUCUAUGUUUAAUUUUUCAUAAACAGUUUAAAAGUGAAACAAUGCAAGUCCUAAUGGUUUAGCUCUUUGAAUCCCGUUAUAUGAAGAAUACCUGCCCCUUCAAAAAGAGCAGUGUUUUUGUUUCAGUGCCCUCUGAGUGUACCUUCCUUACAGAUUCUCUUGUGUUUUGUGUACGGUUCUAGAAAGUAUUUCAACAAUGUCUCUUGCAGGAGGGACUUUUUUUUUUUAAGUUGCUCUCAUCAGAUUUUGAGGAGAAAGAUUGCAAUUUACCUUGCUCACCAGAAAACUAAAAGCUUCCUUCUCCCUCUUACGUGCUCAGCAUCAAAAAUAAGAUGCAUCUUACUGCAUUAAAAAUCCAACGACCACUGUGGUACUGCUCAUUAUUGACUUGAUUUGCAAAUGAUGUAAUUGUUGGGUUUUUCCUGUCUGACAUUGCCAUAAAGUGCUGUUAACUUUUUCACUUGUUUGUACAAGUUAAUACAGAUGUACCGAUCACUGUGUGUGACAGGAUUCAACUGCUCCACUUUGCCUUGUCAUAAAACGUUGGGACCAAAGGUACUUGAAACUGGGAUUUCCAAAUCAUGAGUCUGGGAAUGGUGCGUUCUGUGAUAGUCAGCUGGAGGUUCGGUUGUUGAUCUGAUACAAUCACACGAAGUAAUUAUACAUCUGGGGUACUGUAUUGUUUGGAAAUAAUGGAGCCAUAUGAAAUAAAAGGUUAUUUUGCAAAAUUGCAUAUGUGAUAGCUUUUACACUUUUUUUUAAAGAAAAGACAAUUGGAAGAGCAAAAUUGAAACCAUACUCUGAGUUAAAAAGUCUGCAUACAUUAUGAACAGGUUUGAGCAACUUUAAUUUUUCUGUGUAAAAACUGUAGGCUACUUGGCUGUGACACAAACCAAGUCUUUAAAAGAAUUCUAUGCAUUUUAAAGCUAAAUCUUUUAUCAUUGGAUAAUGAAGUAAUCAUACACUGAGCAACUGUCCUGUUAAAGUGAGUUAGUUCCUUUAAAGUUACUCUACAAUAUUGUUUGUUUUAUAUGAUAACAAUUAGCUUUCUUGAUACCAUUUAUUUUAGCCUCCAAUUUUUGCCUUCCCUCCUGUGUUACUCGCAUUUUGUUCUGUAUGAUAAAAUGGAUGCAGAAGCCUCUAGUGAGUCUCUGUGAUUUUGCAAAGGGAUGGUUGUGUUUGAUUUACUUUACUGAAUUUAUUUCAUUGCAUUUUUUUUACCAAAUCUUUCCAGCAGCCAAGAUGUCUUUCACAAAUGUAGACAGAUACAGAAGAAGCAUUUCUCCACAGAGAUUAUUAGGUGUUUUUUCCCAUUUUUUGUGUGUGGCAAAAUAAAGUUGAUUUUUUUUCACAAUUAUUUCAUGUGCUUCUAAUCCUUAAUAGCGGAGAUGAUUUUGUUUGAGGGUCGUAUUUAUUGUGGUUGUAUCUAAUAGAUGCACAAUCUCUGUUGUGUUUGCCAUCGACACUACAAACAGUAGGGUAACACUUCAGUUCACCAGACAGUGAGAGUUAAUUUAAGUGAUAUUGUUGCUUGUAGAGCUCUCAGGAAGGAUACAGAGAAAUCUUUCUAUGCCAGAAGUGGUUUAAGGGGAGGAGUGGAGCAGUAGGGCAGAAGCAGCUUCUGUGGUGCUUGCCUGCUCGAGCACCUGCUGGAAACUUCUCUGGCACCGAGACCGCAGAGUUUCUGUGCAGGGCACUGCGUGGCAAUGAUUCCCCUUGAAGUCUGUGAGAGUUCAGGCGGCACCAAGAGCAGGACCUGGGCCCCCAGUGUCCCUGGACUGCUGCCGUCCAAGAAAGAAACGAAUCCAACCUUUUUGUGAGCAAGGCUGUAAUGGUUUUGUAGAUGCAUCUAUUUUUUAUCAGAGCAGUCUGCUUUUAAACAAGUUCAGCCAGGCAAAGCAAUACAGAGCGGGACAGCACCCCUCCUCCUGUGGCCUGGGCCAGCUCGCUAAGGAUAGCUCUCAGAGUACCAAGAAAAGGAGCUCCUCGGAGCACAGGGAGGCAUCUCGCGAAACUGCGCAGUGGUUGUAGUUAUGUCUACCUCUUUGUUUCCCUUCUGGGUUUCGUCCUGUUUUCCUGUGUGGUGUUUUUUGUGAGGGGUGGGGGGGGAUCGGGGAGGGAAAAUUUGAAAUCUAAAUAUAAGGCACUGGUGGGAGAUCCACUGCUUACCAGCUGUGUUGUCAUAUUGAAAAAGCCAUUGUUUUUAAUUCCUGCCUAGUAUGAAAUGUUUUAAAAAUCUUUCCUGCUGGAAAGAAAAAUGUAUUUUUAAAAAACAGAAAAAAUCCUUCUUUUGGCUAUGAGAAUGUCAGCUGUAUGAGUUGUGACCAUAUCAUGACAUGCUGAUCAGAUAUAAAUAAAUUUUUAUCUCUCAGGA